AUGAAUAAAAACGGAGGAUUCGGAGCUAUGAUUCCAACUAUAGCAGUGUGCUUUAAAGCAGUGCACUUGCACCUAGAGAAAUUUGAGACUGUGGCUGCUGAAUUCAAAGGAGACAAAUGUUGCCUUUACUUGGUAGAUACGUUAGAAGGAGAUCCAGAGGUUCUGCAAGUAGAUGCUGAAACGUACUAUAAGAACCUCUUGAAGAAAUCAUCGUCCGCUCCUGAUGUUUUUUCGAUCCCUGGAGGAGAAGAGGUUAAACUCGACGAUUCCUGUGUGUGUUUUGUCCCUCUCUACCGAAAUAAUCCUACUUGCAAACUGUUGCUGUUAACUGAUCCAAAGGAUAAAAAGACAGUUCUGGCAGUUUAUCUGAACCAGUGUUGGUGGCCUGUUGAAGAUGUAGUAAAGACGGCUGAUCCUUCGAGAGAUGGGCUAAUUUUGGUCCAGACAUUUGGAGAAAGGAUUGUCCUCUUUGUUCUGAACUACAUUAUUUUUGGAAUGCUGGAAGGGAGUUCAGCUAAUGAUGCAUUUUUUCUACCUCACUCUGCCACUGAGUGUGCCAAGAUAGUCUGGAGAAAUGGCGAGGCUGUUGCCUUUUACUCGGUCAAGAGGAAAGGGAGCCUAUGUGAUGGUACAACCAGUCAAUGUUACUUGCUGCCGGUUUUGGAUACUAUAUUUGUCCGGAGAAAGUACAGAAGAGAUGGCCUGGGGAUGAAAAUGCUGCAUGAUUUCUGUCAGUCUUUCAUGGAUGAGGAUGCCUUGGGGAUCAGCUGCCCUAUUUCUGCUGUGAUGUAUCAAGUUUGCCAGAAAUUCUUGCAGAUUUAUCCCGAGGAGCAGAAGCGACUGUGGGAGGUGGAAGCACCAGGAGAUUGGAGCCAGCGAGUGAAUAUCUGGUUAAAAAUUCAGAUAGAGUCAUCCUCUGCAGGAA